AUGAAAUUCAUUCUCAACAUCGAAAUCAAACACACCUAUCACAAUCAGCUGUUCCAUCUGCGUAGGAGUUUAGCAACGUUGUCAGACGGCAGCACUACAUCCGGCAUUCCAGAAAACAUCAGCACAAGCUUUCUCGAAAGCCAAACGAGGUUCAACGAGAAGAACAUUCGUGAAAAAACAAACAGGACGAAGCAAAAGUUCAUCAACAUUCUGCUACGCUCCAGUGAACGGAAUGAAGAAGAGAACGCUGUCAGCGGGAAUCCAAAAGCCAUUCACAAUGGCACCCAAACGACGAUUCCGCCGGAAACCGAGAUUCUUCUAAGCCUGGGACCAAAGUUCGCUUUGCCUAUGACCGAAUUGCAGCAGGUUCCAUUCUAUCACCUAAUGGCAGAUGCAGAGCAAGUGUUAAGAACAAAUCCAAACACCGUCAUCCAAGAUCAAACUUGGUGCGCGGUUGGGAAUGUGAUAACGAACUAUAUCCAUCGCAUGCGGAAUAGAAACAAUCAGUUCGAACCGAUUACAAAAUUCUGCAACAAGGCCGAAGAAAUAACACGGAGGUUUCUAAAGGACAAUCCGAACAUCCUAGUUUUGAAAUCGGAUAAAGGCAAUAAGACGGUAUUGAUGGAAGCCAGCGAAUACCAACAGAAAAUGCUUGAGCUUCUAGAGAACCGAAACACGUACAGCCCCAUCAACGUAGAUCCCACGUCAAGAUUCGAAAAACAGAACAAUUCCAUCGUGAAACGGCUUCACAAUCUGGAUCUCAUCGACGAAAGAACCAGCCGACAGCUAAUGAAGCACAACGCUGGCUGUCCAAGGAUCUACGGACAACCGAAGGCCCAUAAACCUGGUCUACCACUUCGCCCGGUCGUACCGAACAUCACGGCACCUUCGUAUAGUCUGUCCAAAUUCGUCGGCAAGAUCUUCCAACGAUCGCUGUGGACAACAAAUUACCGUACCUCGAAAAUCGUUGACGAUCAACUAAAGCUGAAUGGAUAUCCAAAGCCGCUCAGAAGCCAAAUCAUCAACCGAAUGAACGAACGGAACACCAAUCGCUCCAUCGAACACAGCGUACAGAACCUGGAAUAUACUUACCUUUCUAUUCCGAACAUACCUCACCUGUCGAACAUGAUCGACAGGGUCAUCAGGCGGGAGUAUACACAAGUACGACUCGCCAAGUACAAUGUUAGAAAGGUAAAUAACAUGUUCUCGAAUGAUGAUGAUUAA